AUGAGUCAAGAGUACGACGAUUUGAUGGAUCGGGAGACGACGCCAGACAGCAAGACCAAAGGCCCCGGAUUUGUGGGCAUCAAGUUUUGUCCCGAGUGCAAUAAUAUGCUGUAUCCGCGAGAGGACAAGGAGGCGCGGGUGCUGAUGUACGCGUGCCGCAACUGCGAGCAUCGCGAAGUCGCCGUCAACCCGUGCAUUUACGUGAACAAACUGGUGCACGAAAUUGAGUAAGUCCCGCUUUCUCUGCGUCUCUCACACACUCACUGUUUUCCUUUCAGCGAACUGACCCAAAUCAUCGGCGACAUCAUCCACGACCCGACACUGCCGAAGACGGAAGAGCAUUCGUGUCCGAAGUGCCACCGGAAGAAGGCCGUGUUUUUCCAGGCGCAGACAAAGAAGGCCGAAGAGGAAAUGCGCCUGUACUACGUUUGCGCGCACGACGACUGCAAGAACCGAUGGACCGAAUAA